GGACGACUCAGUCCCGGACAGUUGACCUGUCUCGGUUUGUGUGCUACGUGUGCUAAAAUUUAAAGAAAAUGAAACUGAGCGUGAUAAUCUGCGUAUUGGCGGUCUGUGCUUUGUCACUGGCCGUAGAACAUGGGCCACUGCUGACCGCAUUACAGCCACGGGACCAGGCACAACCCACAGGUGUCAUACUUAAAAGAGACAAGAGACAUCUAGGACUUCUUGGUAUUGGUGCUCUUGGGGCUGGAGUACUUGGUGCUGGUGCUCUUGGAGUUGGCGCUGGUAUAAUUGGCGCUAAAGCAGUCGGAGCUGGUCUCGUCGGUGGAGCGCUAGCGUCUGGCGCCCUCUACGGACACGGCAGAAGCUACGGCGGUUACGGAGGAUACUACGGCGGCGGAUACGGUGGUGGUUACGGUGGAUACGGCGGAUAUGGUUACGGAGGAUACGGCCGCGGAUACGGAUCAUACUACCCCUCUUCGGGAUACUACGUUUCCGACCCAUGGUGCUAAGUGGAACUCCUGACCUAAGUGUUAUUAUUAUUUAUAGACAUUGUUGUGAAUGUGUGUAAAAGUACUGAAAAAAAUCCGACCGAUAUAAUAAGUGUACAAUAAAAUAGUUUUCAAUAAA